GUCUUCUUCUUUGACCAAAAGAAAAACAAGAAAAGCCUUCGUUCUUUAUCUUCCAGCUGAUUCUUAUAAACCAAAACUGGGUAUUGAAGCACCAUUCCUUUGAGACAGUAAGAAUAAACAAGAAGCAAAGCAUCCAUCUUUUACUAUCUUAUUUCAACGUGAUCGUGAGCCAUCCUGGGUUAAAACCCAGUUUCAAGUAAGGAUCAUCGAGCCAUUCGUGGCAUCCAGUCAUGACCACGGAUACUAAUGUUCUAAGCUAUUGGAAUAACUGGAGGUUCUUGAUCUGUGCAAUAUUUAUAUUGAGUAGUAUCGUGCUAGCCGCAGUUCUUAUAUGGAAAUAUGAAGGCUGCAAAAAAUCCAGAAGGGAAAGAAGAGAAAAUCAGCGCGAAACAGUAGGAUCUCUAUAUGAGGAUGAAGCCUGGAGGACAUCUCUCAAAGUCAUUCAUCCCGCUUGGCUUCUUGCUUACAGAUUAAUUGCUUUCGUUGUGCUUCUAUCCUUGAUAGUUACCAAUAUUGUUCUUGAUGGAGUUGGCAUACUUUACUUCUACACUCAGUGGACAUUUUGUUUGGUUACAAUCUAUUUUGGGCUUGGAUCUUCACUCUCCAUUUAUGGAUGCUACAAAUACCGCAGUAGAGUUGGUGAGGAUGCAGCUGAUCAUGUGAGAGAUGAAGAGCGAGGUACUUAUGUUGCUCCAACACUUGGGGAAAAUGCAGAUACAUCCAACACAUAUAAAAGUUUUACUGAUGAAGAAUGUCCCUCUCGCAAAGGCGCUGGUGUAUAUGUUUAUAUCUUUCAAGUCAUUUAUCAGAUGUGUGGAGGUGCUGUGGUGCUCACAGAUGUUAUAUUUUGGCUCGUUUUGUAUCCAUUUCUAACAAGCAAAGAUUACAAACUGAACUUUAUGAUGGUCAGUAUGCACUCAUUCAAUGUUGUUUUCCUCCUUGGUGAGACAAUAUUGAAUAGCUUGCGGUUUCCAUUGUUUCGGAUCUCAUAUUUUGUGCUAUGGACGGGAAUAUUCGUGAUUUUCCAAUGGAUAAUCCAUGCUUGUAAAAACAUGUGGUGGCCUUAUCCAUUUCUUGACUUGUCAUCCUCAUAUGCACCCUUAUGGUAUCUUGGGGUCGGAGUGGCGCAUAUCCCAUGCUACGGCGCCUAUGCUUUAAUUAUUAGGAUGAAGCAGCUAUGGUUCUCACGAUCAUUCCCGGAGUCUUUUCAGGUUGAGAGAUGACACGCUGCGUUCAUUGAAUCACAAGACUUUAUACUGUGCCACCAACCCGGCACAAAAAGUAGAUAUAAAGGAACCAUUAGUGACAUCAUUUUUUUUGGCCUCGACAUAGGAGAAAGAUUAUUUGUUCAGGAUUCCUGUCAUUAUUAACUGUACAUGAUCAGUAUUCUUUGGAGGAGGCUACAGCGUCCCCAGUUAAAGAUCAAUAUUCUUCGAAACAGGGUCAUCCCUGUGUUUGUUUGCUUAGAA